AUGACUUGCAAUCCAAAUUGGAGUGAAAUCAAAGCAGAAUUGUUACCAAAUGAAAAGCCACAAAAUAGACCUGAUCUUCUUGUCCGAGUGUUUAAAAGCAAAUUUGAACACUUGAAAAAUGAAGUUAUAAGAAAAAAACUAUUUGGUCCAGUUACAACUUUCACAUAUGUAAUCGAAUUUCAGAAACGGGGCCUUCCUCAUGUUCAUUUACUUCUUAUUCUUCAACGAGGUCACAAGCUAGAUUCUCCAGAAAAAUUUGAUGAUUUCAUAUCUGCUGAGCUGCCUAACAAAGAAAAGUUUUCACACUUGUACUCAAUGGUUGUCAAAAACAUGAUGCAUGAUUCUUGUGGUUCUUUGAAUUCUAAUAAUGUUUGUAUGAAAAAUGGCCUGUGUAAGAACCAUUAUCCUAGAGAUUUUGUUUCAAUGACAACCAUAAAAGCUGAUGGAUACCUUAACUAUAGGCAGCGCAACAAUAAUGAAAUAGUUAAAGUUCGAGGGCACAUGUUGAACAAUAAAUGGGUUGUUCCCUAUAACCCAUAUCUUCUUGCAAAGUUUGAUUGUCACAUUAAUGUGGAAAUUUGCUCUACUAUUAAGGCUGUCAACUACUUAUGGAUAUCUUCUCCAAAAGCAAUGUGGAGAAUAUACAAGUUCCCUUUGAAUCAAAUUAAUCCUGUUGUGAUAAGCUUGCAACUACACCUUGAAGAUUGCCAAAUUGUUAGCUUUCGAAAGACAGAUGACUUGCGCUCUUUAGCUAACGAUGAAUUUCUUUCAAGAACAAUGUUGACUGAGUUUUUUGUGAUGAAUAGAACAAACAAAAAAGCUCAAGAAGGAAAAUAUUUAUACAAGAAAUUUCCUGAAUUCUUUGUUUGGGAUGCCCAACAUAGAAUGCGGAAUGAAAGAAAGCAAAGAGAGGUGAUUGGAAGGAUAAUCACUACAAAUCCAAAAGAAGGCGAGCGAUAUUAUUUGCGAUUAUUAUUGAAUCAUGUACAGUGCCCAACUUCAUUUCGUCAAUUGAGAACUAUUAAAGAAGUGACAUACAACUCUUUCAGAGAAGCUGCUCUUCAAUAUGGUCUAUUAGAGGAUGAUGAAAGUCAUGAAAAGUGCUUAGAAGAAGCAAGUACUUUUCAAAUGCCUUCUUCAUUACGACAAUUGUUCGCAACAAUACUUGUGUAUUGUAGUCCACAUGAUCCAAAAGCUUUAUUCUUAAAAUUUGAAAGAACAAUGUCGGAGGAUCUUUGUAGAGAAGGACAAUUAUCUACAGAACAAAUUCGUUCUAGAGUUUGCAAAAUAUAA